UUUCGCUGUUGUGAUUCCUCCCACCCCUCCUCAUCGCCCUCUUCACACAAGCGCCUCAGAUCCUGCUUCCAAUUCGCAGGUUUGCAGGCGCCAACUCGCUCAACAUGGCGACCAGCGCCCAAGAUCAUGAGCUUCUCAAAGAAGCUUCAACUCGAGUCGCAACAGAGUCGGAGGACACCCAGGUAUUGCAACAUCCUCCUGCGGUGCGGUUCAAGUCUACGAUUGAAGAAAUCGCACCCGACAAUGCGACAUCAACAAACCCUCCGCUCGGCAUCGGGGUCGCUCUCGGAGAACCCGGCCAAGUAACCCCAGACGAGAUUCGUGAGCUUUCCAAGAGGUUGAGGGCCUGCCCGCUUCAGGAACGCAGAAUGAACAUUUUCUCAUACGAACCGAUGUCCUUGCCGGCAUCGAGGACUGUGUCCCGCGACGACGAGUCUCGAGAACCAAGCCGACAACCAACACAGAGCUCGGGGAGUCAUGGAUCGCCGCACCUGAACGCCUGCCGGCGAAGCCCUGAUGUGCAAUCACCGCCCCUGACGCCCGCCGGAACAGAUACCACUGAAGGGGGGCUUAAACGCGAACCGCCUGGCAACCACGAUCGCUUAGGCCGAGCUCCGGACCUCAUCACCCCCCAAGACUCGACGCAUGAGCCCCCAUCACCUGGCUCGGCCCGCCUGGUGGUUCCCCAGCAUAUCUCCGCCGAUCGCGAGAGGGCUUCGCGGAGACCCGCAACUUCCGACGGCAGAGAGCACACUCAAACGACGCUUGGCGGCCACCGCAGGGGGUUGUUUUCCGUCGGAGCCGGGAGCGGCCCGAAUUCUCCGACCAGCUCAGUCCCGCCGUCGCGCGAUAGUAGUCCGUCGCGAGCGGCAGCGGCCUCGCAGUUCUAUUCCCGCCAAACCCCGCCUCCGGGGGAGGCGGACGACCCGUACGCGGCGAGCAAGCGGCAGGCGCAAAAAGGCAUCGAUUCCCGCUUCAUCUUCUCCCGGAAGAAGAUGCAAGGAUCGUCCCCGAGCUCGUCGAUGCUUAGUCUGCCAAGAGCACUCGGAGACAAACGGAACUCGGAUGAAGCGCUGUCUCACAGCAGGAACAGUUCGAUGGUGGAUUUGAAGCGGUUCUUCAAACUGGGUCCCAGCAGCAAGGCGAAGCGGACAGCGUCACCGGCUGCAUCCGUGAGCUCAGGCACCAAGACUCCGCCAAGUUCUAAGUCGGCGCAGAUCCCCUUCGGCGACGACCACGGCCUCUCGUCGAAGUAUGGAAAACUCGGAAAAGUGCUGGGUGCCGGGGCGGGCGGCUCCGUAAGACUGAUGAAACGAGCUGAGGACGGAGUGGUUUUUGCCGUCAAGGAAUUCCGGCCUCGACAUUCGUACGAGACGGAGCGGGAAUAUGUGAAGAAACUAACGGCCGAGUACUGCAUGGGCUCCUCUCUUCACCACGGCAACAUCAUUGAAACGCUGGACAUCGUCCAGGAGAAGGGCAAGUGGUACGAGGUGAUGGAGUACGCGCCGUAUGACCUCUUUGCCAUUGUCAUGACGGGCAAGAUGUCUCGCGAGGAGAUCAGCUGCUGCUUCUUGCAAAUCCUCAGCGGUGUCACGUACCUCCACAGCAUGGGCCUGGCGCAUAGGGACCUCAAGCUCGACAACGUGGUGGUCAGCGAGCAUGGGAUCAUGAAGAUCAUAGAUUUCGGGAGCGCUCAUGUGUUUAAGUACCCAUUCGAGUCGGGCAUCGUUCUGGCCACUGGCAUUGUGGGUUCCGAUCCGUACCUCGCACCAGAGGUGUAUGACGAAAAGAAGUACGACCCACAAGCGGUCGACAUCUGGUCGCUGGCGAUCAUCUACUGCUGCAUGACGCUCCGGCGAUUCCCUUGGAAGCUCCCUCGUCUGUCCGACAACUCGUUCAAAUUGUUCGCGGCGGAACCGACCCCCGGCCAUGAUCCCAAAUUGCUCCUGCGCCCGCCUCACGCCAGCUCCACAACGGCGUUGCAUGACAUUCCGGCUCGGGACUUCGACCCGGACAGCCUUCGCAACGAAGCCAACAAAGCGGUAAACCGCGACGAGGCGGGAAAGCCCGAACGGCCCUCGACGGCCGGCCAACCGCCGGCCGCGGAGAAGAAGGAGGUCAUCCGCGGUCCGUGGCGCAUCCUGCGGCUGCUUCCCCGGGAGAGCCGACACGUCAUCGGGCGCAUGUUGGAGCUGGACCCGAAGAAGCGCGCAAAGAUGCACGAGAUCUUGGAUGACCCGUGGGUGGCCGACACGGUAAUCUGCCGCCAGGACGGCGGUCAUGUGGUGACUGCUGAGGACCACACGCACGUGCUGGAGCCGCCUGCGGCUCCGGCUAAGUCAUGAGCCGGGCUUCAUCUCUGCUUGGUGUAGGGGUAGAGAAGACUGGCUGAAAAAUGGGGUUCGCCCGCUGAGCCGGGACGUUAGGGGCCCUUUUCCUUGGAGUUUGGAGUGUAGGAUAUGGUAAUACUGGGGCAGCAAUUCACUGCUGGGGUUAUCUUUCUUCAGGAUUUGGUUUUGGGCAUGGGGGUUAACGCGGCUGCAUGGGGAUUUGGAUUCAUUGGGACACUCGAGGGAGGCCUCGCAUAUCAUCUGAAGAUUGG